AUACAGAAAGCGCAGUGAGGGACGGCUCCGCUGGCCAAUCAGUAAGCAAUAGAGAUAGGUUGGUUGGCGUAGCGUCCCGCCCCUAUUGAAAAACAGGGGUUAGGAAGGACGGAUGGGCGGUGAUGGGAUCCGGAGCGGUAGCUGAUCGUGUGCGGCGUCGCUGGGUUGGGGGUGGAGCUUGCGCCUCAUCUACCAAUCAGUGACGGGGUGAGGAGACGGGCCGGGCACGGUGCACCAAGUUCCAGACUACAGACCUCAGAGACGGCGAGCGGCCGCGACGAUGGCGACCGCAAUGGCUGCGAGUGCUGCGGAGCGGGCUGUGCUGGAGGAGGAGUUCCGCUGGUUGCUGAACGCUGAGGUGCACGCGGUGCUAAAACAGCUGCAGGACAUCCUCAAGGAGGCCUCUCUCCGCUUCACUCUCCCAGGCCCCAGCACAGAGGGACCUACCAAGCAGGAGAACUUUAUCCUGGGCAGCUGUGGCACAGACCAGGUGAAGGGUGUGCUGACUCUGCAAGGGGAUGCCCUCAGCCAGGCGGAUGUGAAUUUAAAGAUGCCUCGGAACAACCAGCUGUUACACUUUGCCUUCCGGGAGGACAAGCAAUGGAAGCUACAGCAGAUCCAGGAUGCCAGAAACCACGUGAGCCAAGCCAUUUACCUCCUGGCAAACCGGGAUGAGAGCUACCAGUUCAAGACAGGAGCCGAGGUCCUCAAGCUCAUGGAUGCUGUGAUGCUGCAACUGACCCGAGCCAGAAACCGGCUCACUACCCCAGCCACCCUCACCCUGCCUGAGAUUGCUGCCAGCGGCCUCACGCGGAUGUUUGCACCUACCCUACCCUCUGACCUGCUGGUCAAUGUCUACAUCAACCUUAACAAGCUAUGUCUCACCGUGUACCAGCUGCACGCCCUGCAACCCACCUCCACUAAGAACUUCCGCCCCUCUGGAGGUGCAGUGCUCCACAGCCCUGGGGCCAUGUUUGAGUGGGGCUCCCAGCGCCUAGAGGUGAGCCAUGUACACAAGGUAGAAUGCGUGAUCCCCUGGCUCAAUGAUGCCCUGGUGUACUUCACUGUCUCCCUGCAGCUCUGCCAGCAGCUCAAGGAUAAGGUGUGUCGGGGCAUCUGGGGCAGGGAAGGCCAUUCAGGAGCCACGUCAUACUUAAGUGCCCCCAAGUUGUAAAGCCCAUUGGCAACAGUUCCCAGACAUGAGCCCCUUCUGUAACCUUGACAUCACAUCUGGGUUCUGGGGGUAUAGCACCCACUGACCCAUACCCCCUGAAGCCACACCUGUUGUUGACCACACCCCCACCCUCUGCAGAUCCUCUGUGUUUUCCAGCUACUGGAGCUCCCGGCCCUUCCUGAGGCAAGCACCUGCCAGAAUCCUCCUCCCAGGAGGGUGGCCCCUGUCCUGGAGUCCCUCUCCCCCAACACAUACCCCCUGUAAGCCUGUUCACUGCAGGCUCUCCCUCUCACCACCCUGGGACACCUUUGCACUGCUGAAAGCAGACAUAGAGGCACCCUAGGAGAAAGCGGUGCUGGCUGGUUGUUAUGAUGGGGGAGGGCAGUCAAGUAGAUGGGCUAAGGUGUGGCCAUGGUCCUAACCCUGCCUUUCUGGACACUCUGGGAACCUUUGGACUAAGGGUGGGGCCAGGGCUCUCCUCUCCCCCACUCUCUCUGCUCCCAUUAGGGAAGGAUGGGGGUUGACACUGAGCUGUGACGUGCAGGGAGGAAGAGGGGCCCAGCCUGUGAAUGAUCUGCAGUGCUGCGAUGUUUGUCCUGUGACCUCAGCCCCCCUCUAAGAAAUAAAGGUAGAUCUUUUUGACUGCAA